AUGUCAAAGGUCAAACGUCAGAAUCAAGAUGGCAGCCUCCAGUCUGACGAGAGUGAUGUUGGGUCAUGCUCGCAAGUCCGGCACCCUCUUGACAAGAUUUGCAGGGGUGACAGCUGGUAGGAAGAUCAGAACAGAUGCCCCACAACCUUUAGAAGAUGAAUUCCACCUCAACUAUUUGGAUGGCGAUCGGAAAGGAAUCGUCGUGUUUUCCAUGCGUCGCUUCAAAGCCAGGAAUUCCAUGGGGAGAAACAUCAUUCAGAUGAUGAUCGAUGGUUUGGAGGAGGUGAAAUUUGACACCAGUAUCAGAGCACUGAUUAUCCGUAGUGAGGUGCCUGGAGUAUUCUGUGCCGGUGCUGACUUGAAGGAGCGUGCCCAGAUGACCAAUGCACAGGUGGCAGCCUUUGUGCAGAAGCUGCGUUCCACAGUCAAUGAUAUUCACAACUUUCCCGUCCCGGUCAUUGCAGCCAUAGAUGGAGCUGCAUUGGGCGGAGGUCUGGAGAUGGCCUUGGGCUGUGACCUUCGUGUUGCGUCAACUUCAGCCAAGAUGGGUCUGGUGGAGACAAAGCUGGCUAUCAUUCCUGGUGCAGGAGGAACCCAACGGCUGCCAAGGGUGCUUGGUCCGGCACUGGCGAAGGAGUUGAUUUACACCGGACGUGUAUUGGAUGGUCAGCAGGCUGCACAGAUUGGACUGGUCAACCAUUGUGUGGAUCAGAAUGAGGCUGGUGAUGCAGCCUAUCUGAGAUCAUUGACACUUGCGGAAGAAAUACUGCCUCAGGGCCCUAUUGCACUGAGGAUGGCAAAACAGGCAAUCAACAGGGGUUUAGAGGUGGAGUUAGAGUCAGGUCUGAAGUUUGAGGAAGCGUAUUAUGCCCAGGUUAUUCCAACAAAAGACAGAAUUGAGGGUCUGACAGCUUUUAAAGAGAAACGUCCCCCAAAGUACCAGGGUCACUGAGAGAGCUGAGCUGGGUGCCCCACAUGUACAGAAGCUCACAAGUGCAGCUGAUGUGUUUUAAACCUCAGGUUGUCUCUUCUGAUCAGAUGCAUCAACACAAAUUGCUAAACUUCUGAGAGUAUUCAUAUGUGUGAUAGCAGAAGACCGAUUGUGAGGUUCUGUUUGCCCUACAGUAUCUUCUUGAACUCUUUCAGUUUUUAUAUAACCAGUGUAUUGAGUUAAUAGUACAGCCAGCCAGGGAUGUAUUUAGAGGACGUCCUGGUGAACACACAAACAUGUAUCUAGGACUGGCUGUCAGCUGGUGAUUUCCUGACAACUGCUUCACUCAACUCAUUUGCAGUCAAGUAUUUCUGACCUGUUUAUCAUGGUGUGUGCAACCCUGUAGCAUCCGUAGGACCGGCGAAGAUUUGGGUUAAAACUGGUCUUCAGCAACCCAUCUUUGUCAUAAGAGGUGACUUGCAAGAUUGUGUGAUUGUGUGCUGGUGAUUUGAAUGUGUAGCAGGGUGUGGAGUCAUCCCACAGGUGACAUUCUACUUUGUCAGCUUGCUGACGGAGUUAACCUCUUUGGUCAUGUGGACAAGGCGUCCGACUUCGGAAUAGAAGGUUCGUGGUUUGAAUCCCUGCACAGGACUCGGGAAUUUUAUGGCCUCUACAUUGGCGCCCAACGUAGCGGCCAUAAAAUUUCCGAGUCCCGUGCUGACAAGCUGACAAGGUAAGGAUGUCAUCUGUGGGAUGACUCCCUGCUACACAUGAAUCAUGUUAUCUCAUCCUAAUUGUGUAGAUCAUUGCUCAAACAUUGCUGAGUUCAACUGUAAUCAUCUAAAAACAAAAACCAGCCGUAUUCUGAGUGUUUGUUUUGAAAGAAUAGUUUCUUGAUAUGUGGUGAAAUAUCGGUCAGUUUAGUGUCGGAUCAGUCAGCCAUCUUGGACACUGUUCUGCACUGAACUGCAAUCAGGAUUCCUCACUUGGAUACUUCCACACGAUGAGCGUGAAGCUGCUGUACCUGAACUGACUUCUACGGCCAAAGGAAGGUUUAAUUAUGGGUGUUCCUUCCAAACUUUCAACCCUGUUACGAUAUCUAACCUGUGUAGAUGGAUGAUGUCAUCACAAGUCCCCUUUAUGACAGGUGAAUGGUUACUAACAGAUUCAUAUUCCGAUCUAUCUGAAGCUAUGGGCAAUGAAUUUGGGCUUGAAUGCCCACAGACCAGGUGUCUGAUAAGAGAGUUAUGUCCCUUUGCUCGUCUGUUUUGUAAGCAUGCUAGCUGCUUCAGAGAUAUUUCUGUAUAUGUUGUUAACGUCUUCCCUUCUGUUAGACCUUACUUGUCAGAUGUAAAGCUGCUUGAUCUACAGCCUUUACUGUACCAAGUGUAUCGUUCAGCGGACAGACAAAUAAAUAUCUUUCAAGUCAACACUCAGGAAUAUCUACAUCA